AUGGGGAAUGUUUGUUGUAGAGACGAUUCGAGACAAUAAAGAGGUUAUCUGCUCAAUAUUAUUGUAGACGAGAUAGAUACUUCGCCUAAUCCUGAAGCUUCAAAGCCUCCAGAAUCAAAAGUCUUACUUUCUGAAUAAGUUAGCAAUAAAGCGGGCAUUGAAGAAAAUUCAGCAUAAAUUGAAAACAAUAAAUGCGCAUAUAGUGAAGUUCACUAAGAACCUGAACAAUAAUAAUAAUAAGCUGUUGUUUUGAAAGAAGAACAAUAUAAGAAUUCUAAUAUUUUGCAGUCAUAAAAAAUAACAACUGAAAAAAUAAAGGCGGAAAUAAUGAAGAGUAGUUAGGAAGUAGAUUCGAAAUCUAAAAAAAGAAUAAAGUUGGGGUUUGACAUAUUUGUGAAAUAGAAGGAAGGUUCAAUAGGAUAACAUUAUAAUUUUGGUAAGGUGUUGGGUUAGGGCGCUUUUGGUAAGGUUUGGAAGGUGACUCAUAAAACUACUGGAUUGAUCAGAGCAAUAAAGUAAAUAAAGAAAAGUUCCAUAAUUAAAGAAGAGGAAGAAAGAUUAUUUUCUGAGAUGAAUAUUUUAAAAAAUUUAGAUCAUCCCCACAUUGUGAAAUUGUUUGAACUCUAUUAGGAUGAGAAUAAUUAUUAUUUAGUAACUGAAUAUCUAUCAGGAGGCGAGCUAUUCGAUCGAAUAAAGAAGAUGUCCUCAUUUAGCGAGAGUAUAGCUGCGGAUUAUAUUCGAUAAAUUUUAUUGGCCACUUUGCAUUGUCAUGAGUAAAAUAUAGUACAUAGAGAUUUGAAGCCUGAAAACAUUAUUUUUAUCAGUGAAGAUCCAUAAUCUUAAUUGAAAGUAAUAGAUUUUGGUACCUCUCGUAAAUUUGACCAUCAAAAAGCGAUGAGUAAAAGACUAGGAACACCAUAUUACAUAGCACCUGAAGUUCUUGGGCAUUCCUAUACUGAAAAAUGUGACAUCUGGUCUUGCGGAGUGAUUUUAUACAUUUUGCUAUGUGGAUAUCCACCAUUUGUUGGGAAAACAGAGAAUCAAAUAUUAGAAAAAGUUAAAUUAGGCAAAUUUACUUUUGAUCCCGAUGAUUGGGAUACUGUUUCUAAAGAAGCCAAAGACUUUAUCACCAAAUUGCUGAGAAUGGAUGCGAAUCAAAGGUUGUCUGCCAAGUAGGCUCUUGAGGAUCCAUGGUUAGUAAAGUACACUCCAUCUACUUAAAUCAACAAAAAGGUCUUAAAUAAUCUCAGAUAAUUUUAAGCCGAGACUAUCUUAAAGUAAGCUUUAAUGUCUUAUAUGGUUACAUAAAUGUCAACUCAAAAGGAGAUAUAGGAUUUGCAAAAGGAAUUUCAGAGAUUAGAUGUAAACAAUGAUGGUUUUUUAUCCAAAGAUGAAUUGUUGAAAGGGUAUCUUCAAAUCCAAACAGAUAAUAAAUUGGUAGAGGAUGAAGUGGAAAGAAUAUUGGAGAUGAUUGACAUAAACAGAUCAGGUUAGAUUGAUUUUUCAGAAUUUUGUAUGGCUGCUAUGAAUUAGGAGAAGUUGUUGUCAGUCUAAAGAGUUGAAUAGGCAUUUAAGAUCUUUGAUUAAAAUGGGGAUGGUUUCAUUUCAAAGAAGGAAUUGGAAGCAAUUAUGGGGGAUUUGGGUGAUGAUGUUUGGAAUCAAAUACUAACUGAUUGUGACAACAAUGGCGAUGGAUAAAUAUCCUAUGAGGAAUUUGUAAAAAUGCUAAAGAAUAAAAAACUUUGAUUUUGAUAUAUAUAUAUAUAUUAUAUUAAUCUAUAAUUUAUAGA